CGUACAUACAUACAUACAGUACCUUUGAUUAGGCCCAGUCAAAGUUGUUCGAGCUGUGACUGAGUAUUAUUUCGCUCCCUGCCUCCGAUUGGUAGAGAGCAAACUGCCCCAUGAGGUCCUGAUCUGCUCGAGUCUACAACUUCUUGUGUAAUCCAUUAUAGUUGUUCAGCCGCUGAACACUCCUCCGCACUUUUUGAAUCGGGAGGUUAUCGUCGGAUAAUCCCGCAGGAUUCCGACCACCAUUAGAACAACUUCCACAAGCGGAACGCACAAUGUCGGCGACAACGUUCGGCCACAAGGGCAUGGAAGCCGUCCAGAACAGGGACUUUGCAGGUGCCAUACCACUGUUGGAUAAGGCCCUCGAGUCCUCCAGUUCUCCUGCCUGGCUGCUUGCCCGAGCUCAGGCCCACCAGCAACUGAAGAACUACGACGCCGCGCUCGACGAUGCCGCGCUCGUAUAUCACGUCGCAGCGGAGCGCGGCUCGGGAAAUUCUCGGAAGCAGAUGAUCGAAGCGCAAUAUCGUCGUUCCGUCCUCUACUUCAAGCUCGGCCGUUACGCAGAUGCCGACUGCUGCGCCAGGUGGGCCAUGCUUCUGGCCGAGGGCCGUCCGGCGCGCGAGGAUGACGGCGUCGAGAAGAAUGUUGAUGAGAAUGGCAACUACACCGUGACCUACGAGGCCGCCGUGGCCGAUAAGAAAGGCCAACCAGGCCAGGACAACAAGGCAACUUGGAUUGCUGGGAUUGCGGGCGGAAGCGAAGGGGGUUCGGCGGGCACCCCAAAGACGGGUUUCGAGAAUGACUGGAAGAGGGCAUAUACUUGGAGGAGCCAGGUUCUUGGGGCCAUGGAAAAGUUGCCGAAUGACCACGCCGGUCGGAAAGUCAGUGUGAAGAAGAUCCCGGACAGACCUCAGAAGAAGGCAGAGAAGAAGACGGAACAGAAGCCGGAGCCCGAAGUCGAGUUGGCGGAUGAUGCCAUGGAUGUUGAUAAGACCGAGCCCGCCGGGCCCGCCCCAGGAAGCGUCCCCGACGAGAAGCUCAAGCUCAGGGUCGAUUUCUAUCAGUCCAACAACAACGUCACAGUUUCCCUGUUUGUGAAGGAUGCCAAUAAGGACGAGCUAGACGUCAAGUUCUCCGACAACUAUAUCCAGAUCUCGCCGCUUCCUCGAGCAGCGGCUCCCUACGUGAAGCCCGGAGACCGCAAAGCCACGUCGACGAUUAUCCUCGGCGGACGAAUCGAUCCUUCCAAGUCUCGUUAUUCCGUUACAUCUCGGAAAAUCGAGCUGGUCCUCCAGAAGGUGACACCCGGUGUCAAAUGGGGUUCCUGGGGUAGGGAGGAGAUCGGCCCCGCUUCGGAAGAACUCACUACCAGCGCUGGUCCGGGAUCGACGACCGCUUCAGCCAACCAGCCGGAGAGCGCAUCUCGCGCCUCAGUCUCUUCACCACCUGCUGCUCAGCCACCGACGACCGCCACUACCUCCGCCGCCCCAGCCUACCCCACGAGCAGCCGUUCAGGCCCUAAGAACUGGGAUAAGCUGGGUGAAGCCGAGGCCGAGGACGAUGUUGACAAGCAGGACGUCAACUACUUCUUUAAGCAGCUCUACAAGGGCGCGACACCAGAGCAACAGCGGGCUAUGAUGAAGAGCUUCAUCGAGAGCAACGGGACGGCGCUCAGCACCGAUUGGAACGAUGUCAAGGAUCGCAAAGUCGAGACCGUCCCGCCCGAGGGCGUUGAGGCCAAGAAGUGGGAGUGAAGCCGGACUGGUGACCUUUCUUUUUUCUCCCUCUCAUCACUUAACGGGGUUUCACGUUUUCGGGGGAAAGCCGCUGGCUGCUGCUGUUUACUGUGUUUAAUUGGGCUGGCAUGGGGUUCGGGGGUUCUUUAAGGCGUUGUUGGAGAGAGAAAUUACGAAGUCUAUGCCUCUACCUUUUAGAUGGACAAUUUCAAAGGUUGCUAAGCCCGAAGUUCAUAUUUCCCGGAAUG